CCUCCUCUUCCUCCUUCCCCCCCCUCCCGGUUUCAAAGAUGGUCGCUAUGUUUGCGCUGCUUCGGUUUCUCACCUUGAUUCCGGUUCCCUGCCUGGCAGAGCCCGGAGACGUCCAGAAAGAGACGCGAGAAUCCCCCCGGAGCUGAUUGGGGACCCUCCUCAGUGAUUAGAGAUACUUCUUGUGGAACGUCAAAAUGAGUAGUCGUCGAAAGAGUGCGCCUCCAUUGAGAAUAAAUGAUGAGAAAAAGAAGCAGCUUUGCUGGAACAUGCAUGAUGACCGGAAAAAUGAGGUGAUAGAUUUAGAUAUAGUGGAUGACGACCAACAUGUUGACAGUGCAAGCUCAUCUUCUGCACCAUUUACUGUUAUUAAUGAUGACACCCUAGAUGAAGAUUUGACUUGUAGAGGAAAUAACCAAAACCUCCUGAGUUUCUCAGCAGUUACAGAUGAAGCGGAAGAUUCUUGCCAUCUGUUGACUCCUGCAUCCAGCCAGCUAAAUAUUGUGAUACUUCCUUAUUGUUCUGAUCCUUCCUGGAAAACUUUGCUUGGGGAGUUCUUUGUUCAACUUAUUCGUGAGCAAUGUCUAUCUGAGGACAUCCAUAAAAAGGCUUUUACCUUGAUGAGAGUGGAAUUCAGUGACCAGCUACGUAUUUGUAUUCACACACAUACGAAGGAGAAGGUGGAUGAGAAGGAAGAAUCAUUAUUGAGUACUUAUGAAGAUGUGUCGAUUGAAUCUUCUUUAAGUAGUGACAUCUUAGAAGAUUUGAUGUGGCUGCAAAAGAAAAGAGUAAUUGUACUAUAUCAAAGACCAGGAGACUCUAAAUGUUUAAAGGUUGGAAUAUAUCUUCUUGAAGCUGGUUUAAGUAAGAUAGAGUUCCUUAGCGAUGGUGGUGGCAGAAUAAAAAAGGCGAAUCAACUCCUUCAGAAACUGAUGGAGAAAUUCUAUGAUUUUAUAAUUCCAGAUAUUUUGGAGGAAGAUGAGGAAGAGUCUGACAGGGAUAUAGAGCGUCAGAAUAUUGAGGAGCUUUAUGACUAUGUGAGGCAUGUACACCAAAAAGAAUUACAGUUUUUGAAUGAGAACGUACAGCAUGCUGCAUUGAUUCCAGUAUUGAGACCAUAUCAGAGUGAGGCAGUAAACUGGAUGCUGCGACGUGAGAAUUUCAGAAAUACACCUACCAAUGAAAAUGCCCUCCACUACUUAUGGAGAGAGUUUAUUACUUUAGAUGGACUAAAACUCUACUAUAAUCCUUUUACUGGCUGCAUUAUUCGUGAGCGACCAAGUGCUGGGCCUCAGUGGCCUGGAGGAAUAUUGGCAGAUGAGAUGGGCCUUGGAAAAACAGUAGAAGUCUUGGCUCUUAUCCUAACACACACUCGAAAGGAUAUCAGACAAGAUGCUUUGAUGUUACCCGAGGGGUUUUUAGUUAACUUCUUUGUUCCACCACAACCCACUGAAGGAAACAAGAAAAAAAGCAUAAAGAAAAUCGAAUUUAAAUUGAAGGAAAAAGUGCACUAUCCUAGUUUGCGUGUGAUGCUUUUAACAGCUAUAAAAGAAAUGAACGUAAAGAAAGGAGCUUCCAUUGUAGCAAUUUUUAAAUAUAUUCAUGCCAUAUACAAAUAUGAUAUACAGAGAAACCGUCGCAUUCUUAAAAGGACACUGGAAAAAUUAAUUGGAGAGAAAGUUGUGGAACAGGUCAAAGGCCAUGGUCUUGCCGGCUCUUUCAAGCUAGGUAGAAACUACAAGGAGCAGAAGUUCUGUAAUAGAUCUAAGAAACAAAAAAUAAAAACAUCAGAUAAAGUUGAGAAAAAAACUUUACCACAUCGUACGGAUGAAACCAAAGAACUGGAAGAAAAAGACACAAGCCCUGCAGAUAAUUUUAAAUUACCUCUUGCAGUAAAUAUCAUGGCAGAAGAGCAUGAUUACUGUACAACAAGCAAAGACAAUAGAGAGUCAGAACAUGAUCCUAAGAGGUGGAAAAUGGAGGAAGAUUCUCAGCGUGGACCUGCCAACUUGCAAGAUGACGUACUUCUUUCCAAAGAUGAAACACGUUCCGGUACUGACAUUCUUAAAAGUACACAUGAGGCUGAAGAGCAACAGAAUGUCUUAGAAGCCCAUUCUCCAUCCUCUCAGGAACAUGCUGACAUUUUUAUACAACACCCCGGAUCCAUUUUUCCAUUCAACACCUCUGAUUAUCGCUUUGAGUGUAUCUGUGGUGAACUUGGCUUGGUUGACUAUAAAGCACGUGUGCAGUGCCUGAACUGCCACCUGUGGCAGCAUGCGGCAUGUGUGAACUACAAGGAAGAAAACCUUACGGUCAAACCUUUUUACUGUCCCCAUUGCCUUGUAGCAAUGAAACCAGUUCCCACGGGAGCAACUCUGAUUAUUUCUCCAAGUUCUAUUUGCCACCAGUGGGUUGAUGAGAUUAACAGGCAUGUGAGAUCAUCUUCUCUUCGAGUACUGGUUUAUCAAGGAGUGAAGAAGCAUGGUUUCUUGCAGCCUCACAUCUUGGCCGAGCAGGAAGUAGUGAUCACAACCUAUGAUGUCCUUCGUAGUGAACUAAACUAUGUGGACAUUCCUCAUAGCAAUAGUGAAGAUGGACGCCGUUUCAGGAAACAAAAGCGUUAUAUGGCUAUCCCAAGCCCCUUGGUAGCUGUGGAAUGGUGGCGAAUUUGCCUGGAUGAAGCCCAGAUGGUUGAAUGCACUACUGCAAAGGCUGCAGAAAUGGCUCUCCGCUUGAGUGGAAUCAAUCGCUGGUGUGUAAGUGGCACACCAGUGCAGCGAGGAUUGGAAGACUUAUAUGGAUUAGUACUUUUCCUCGGAGCUGAUCCUUACUGGGUCAGAUAUUGGUGGGAUCAGCUUCUCUAUCGACCAUACUGCAGGAAAAACACACAACCUCUCUAUGACUUCAUAGCCAAGAUAAUGUGGAGGUCAGCAAAGAAGGACGUGAUUGACCAAAUCCAGAUCCCAGCUCAGACCGAAGAUGUACACUGGCUUCAUUUUUCUCCUGUGGAGAGACACUUUUAUCAUCGGCAGCAUGAAGUGUGCUGCCAGGAUGCUCUAGCAAAACUCAGGAAGAUUUCCGAUUGGUCCCUGAAGCUUAGCAGCUUGGAUAGGAGGACAGUGACUUCCAUUUUGUACCCUUUGUUGCGCUUGAGGCAGGCCUGCUGUCACCCACAAGCUGUUCGUGGAGAAUUCUUGCCCUUACAGAAAAGCACAAUGACUAUGGAAGAACUUCUGACAUCACUCCAGAAAAAAUGUCGGACAGAAUGUGAGGAGGUCCAUAGACAACUGGUGUGUGCUCUGAAUGGGUUGGCUGGUAUUCAUAUCAUUAAAGGUGAAUAUGCAUUGGCAGCAGAUAUGUAUAGAGAGGUUUUGCGUUCCUCUGAGGAGCACAAAGAGAAGCUCAAAACAGAUUCAUUGCAAAGACUUCAUUCUACGCACAACUUGAUGGAACUACUGGCAGCGAAGCAUCCUGGGAUAUCACCCACUUUGCGUGAUGGCAGACUUCAGGAAGAGUGUCAGCAACUCCGACAACAUUAUAUGAGUAAAUCAAAUGCAGAAGUUGCUGAAGCCCAGCAGGCACUGCAGCCACUUGUACAGACCAUCCAUGAACUCCAGAGGAAAAUACGUUCCAGUUCCCCUUGGUGGUUGGAUGUGAUCCAGUCAGCAAUACAGUAUGCCAUUGAUGAGGAGCUUGUUCAGAGAGUGCAAAAUGAUCUAAGCAGCAACUACAAGCAGCAAACAAACAAGCUCUCCAUGGCAGACAAAUUCCGUGACUGCAGAGGCCUUCAGUACUUACUCACCACUCAAAUGGAAGAAGUGAAAAAAUUCCAGAAACUUGUGAGAGAGGCUGUGAAAAAACUGGAAGGCCCUCCUUCCAAAGAGGUGAUUGAGGCUGCCACCAUUUGCCACCUGCGACCUGUAAGACUCCCACUGAACAACUGUGUCUUCUGUAAAGCCGAUGAAUUGUUCACAGAAUAUGAGUCAAAACUGUUUUCCCAUACGGUGAAAGGUCAAAUGGCAAUCUUUGAAGAAAUGAUAGAAGACGAAGAAGGCCUGGUUGAUGACCGCUUGCCUACCACAAGCAGAGGCCUCUGGGCAGCAAGUGAAACUGAACGUUCCCUGAAGACCAUUUUGUCCUUUGCCAAAGCUCACCGAAUGGAUUCCAGGACAAUUGAAGAGGGCACUGUCUUCCUGGAGCUCUUUGAAGCAUGGAAAAAGGAAUACAAGCUGCUUCAUGAAUAUUGGAUGGUUCUGAGAGAUCAUGUGUCUGCCAUUGAUGAACUUGCCAUGGCUACAGAACGGCUCAGAGUGCGCCAUCCAGAUGAGCCAAAACCCAGCCACCCUGUUCUUCACAUAAUUGAACCACAUGAGGUAGAACAAAAUCGAGUAAAACUUUUGAAUGACAAAGCAGUUGCCAAAUCACAGCUCCAGAAGAAACUGGGCCAGCUUCUAUAUCUCACUAAUUUAGAAAAGUCUCAGGAUAAAACAACAGGAGGAAUUAAUCCAGAACCCUGUCCAAUUUGCGCACGACAGCUGGGCAAACAGUGGGCUGUUUUGACUUGUGGUCAUUGCUUCUGCAAUGACUGCAUAGCUAUUAUUAUAGAACAGUACAGUGUCGGAACCAGGAGGAGUUCAAUAAAGUGUGCCAUCUGCAGACAGACAACUUCACAUAAAGAAAUCUCCUAUGUCUUCACUGCAGAGACUGCAAACCAAGAGGAUGAUAUACCAGUGAAGGGAAGUCAUUCCACCAAAGUGGAAGCUGUGAUCAGGACUCUCAAGAAAAUCCAGUUCAAAGAUCCAGGAGCAAAAUCCUUAGUUUUCUCAACGUGGCAAGAUGUUCUAGAUAUCAUUGCAAAAGCACUAUAUGAUAACAGCAUGGAGUUUGCUCAGAUCAACGGAAUUAACAAAUUUCAGGAAAAUCUAUCUGCAUUUAAAUAUGAUCCCAAGAUAAAUAUAUUGUUGUUACCCCUCCAUACUGGUUCCAAUGGAUUAAACAUAAUUGAAGCCACUCAUGUCCUCUUGGUGGAACCCAUCUUGAAUCCAGCACAUGAAUUACAAGCUAUUGGCAGAGUACAUCGUAUCGGACAGACUAAGCCCACCAUUGUCCAUAGAUUCUUAAUAAAAGCCACAAUAGAAGAAAGAAUGCAGACAAUGAUGAAAACUGUAGAAAGGAGCCACUCUAGUUCUUCCAUGAAGCAGUCAGAGGCUUCUGUGUUAACAGUCGCUGAUUUGGCAGACCUUUUCUCAGAAGAAACUGAGGAACUUGAAUGAAAGAAAGCGUUUUAGACCCACUAAGGUUUGAAAGGGGCCGUAACUUAUUUUGUAAACAGCAACACAAAAUGACUUAAGUGUUCAGACAUUCCUGUAGAUGUCACUAAAAGCACUUACUUAGGGCUUUCUGAAUUGGAAAGCAUUUUUAACAACUUCCAGUAGAUUCUGUAACUAUGUUUUUACUUCAAGAAAUUGUUUCUGUUAAUAAAGAAAAGCAAUUGCACUUUACACAAAGAUUACAUGUACUACGGUGUUGUACUUCCAAAGAACAUGAGCAUCUACAUCCAGUUUUAGUUGGACUUAAAAGAUGUUACUUACGUGUUACCAGUUGCACCAGAGUGUAGAAGGAGAGGUGCAUCCAACUGAAACCAGUGCAGUAUGAGUAGAUGGUUACCAUAUUGGGUUGCUGAUUUAUGUCUGAAGUUCGUAAUCCAACAAGAGAUGUGUGUGUACCUCCUCUGCUGGAUCAGGGUAUUUAAUUAGACUUUGAGCAAAGAAAGCUUUGCAUGGCAGACAAGGGUAUGAAAAUCAUGAACCCAUUAUCAUCCCACAUUCUCCUUUUAUGAUUCUUUUUCACAUCCUUGAAUCAGCAAAUACCUGUUCUGGAAAGGGCUGUUGGUGCUGCCAUUUUAUCAUCCAAGUAAUGUUUUAUCAGUUAACUUGUAUGUACUAAUUUUUAGAAAUCACUUUAUCAUUUUCUAGGUAUUUAUGCAGUAACACCAUGUUGUAGAAAUUGGAUUUUCUUGCUUGUUUAUAUUUAAAUGUUUGCUGUUCAUUUUGCUGUUCUCUUGAUAAAUUAUGCCUUUUGUAUGAUCUUUUGUCUUGAAAUGAUAGAUGACAACAAUCUUU